GUCACGCCUUGCGGCGCGGGCCGGCCUGGACCACCGUUGUUGUAGUGACCGGGAGGCGCCGCAGUAGUGGGCACUCGGUUCCGCGUGCCGCUCGGUCCCUCCCCCUUCCCCCUCCCCGGGUACCCCCGCCGGCGGGGAGCCCGGCGCAUGCCGCUCCCCCACAUGGCCUCCUCCCCGGAGGACCCCACCCUGGAGCGUUAUUUUAAGGGCCACAAAGCCGCGAUCACCUCGGUGGACUUCAGCCCCAAUGGCAGGCAGCUCGCCACUGCUUCCUGGGAUACAUUUCUCAUGCUAUGGAAUUUCAGGCCUCAAGCUCGCGCUUUCAGAUAUGUGGGUCACAAGGACGUGGUCACCAGUGUGCAGUUCUCUCCAGUUGGAAACUUACUGGCAUCUGCUUCACGAGACAGAACCGUUAGACUCUGGAUUCCCGAUAAGAAAGGGAAAUCAUCUGAAUUCAAAGCUCACACAGCUCCAGUUCGUGGUGUAGACUUUUCAGCCGAUGGUCAAUAUCUAGCUACAGCCUCUGAAGACAAAUCCAUCAAAAUAUGGAACAUGUACCGCCAGCGCUUCUUAUAUUCCUUGUACCGGCAUACACACUGGGUGCGCUGUGCCAAAUUUUCACCAGAUGGAAGACUAAUUGUAUCAUGCAGUGAGGAUAAAACUGUUAAAAUUUGGGAUACAGCCAGUAAGCAGUGUGUUAACAACUUUACUGAUUCUGUAGGGUUUGCAAAUUUUGUGGAUUUCAAUCCGAACGGUACAUGUAUAGCUUCAGCAGGUUCUGAUCACACGGUGAAAAUCUGGGAUAUAAGAGUGAACAAAUUACUCCAGCAUUAUCAAGUUCACAGUGGUGGAGUUAAUUGUGUGUCAUUCCACCCUUCGGGAAACUAUCUCAUCACUGCUUCUUCAGAUGCUACGCUUAAGAUUCUGGAUCUUUUAGAAGGAAGGCUCAUAUAUACGCUUCAGGGACACACGGGGCCUGUCUUUACUGUUUCAUUUUCAAAAGGCGGAGAGCAGUUUGCAUCAGGAGGUGCCGAUGCACAGGUGUUGUUGUGGAAGACCAACUUCGAUGAAUUUAAUUAUAAGGAUGUUUCUAAAAGAAAUCUCAAAAGAUUGCAUUUUGAUUCAUCACCACAUCUUCUUGAUAUCUACCCAAGGACUCCACAUUCCCAUGAGGGGAAAAUUGACACAGUUGAAAUUAAUCCAAAGCUUGAUGUAAUCGAUAUGCAGACCUCUACGCCCCCUGUUGUCGACGUCCUGUCUUUUGAUUCUACCAUGUCAACAGAAAACAUAGUUAGAACUGUACCAGAAAAGGGCGAAGAAGUCUGCGGCUAUUUCUUGAACCCUUCCUUAAUGACAUCGGAAUGUGCACCAACAGCUACGAAAAAGAAAACAGAAGAUGUGAGUGACCUCCCCACUGAGAGCCAGAGAAGCAUACCUCUCGCCAUGACUGAAGCCCUAGAGCAUAUUAUGGAACAGCUCAGUGUUUUGACACAGACGGUCUCAAUCUUGGAGCAGCGACUGACUUUGACAGAGGAUAAGUUGAAAGACUGCCUCGAGAAUCAGCACAAGCUUUUCAGUGUGAUACAGCAAAAAAGUUGAAUGGAAAGUAUGAGCAGAGACAUGAUAAAUGAACACAUGUACAAUUCCCCAGGAAGGCAGUCCACGAUGCUUCGUGCAGCAGUCAUGCUCCCAUUAUCAUGACAUUUCUUAAAAGGGUGAGCAGCAGAACAAAAGGUGAAAAGGGCAAAAAUUAAGCACUAAUUACAGCAAAAAUCAAUGUCAGGGGCUGAUUCAAAUACCUUUUAUAAUUGUAGUAAUAAAGUGAUAAGCAUUCAAGUGACUCUGUAUUUUCCCCCAUGUUAUUUAAAUGUCAGUUUUCAGUUAUAAUCCAAGUCCUUCCAGGAAAGUAAUCAAAUCUGUGAACUGCAUUGUUGAAUGAUCUCAGAUUGACAAUGUUCAGGCAAUUCCUUAAGGCAAUUCAUGUUUGAGAGGCAGCGAAUGAGUUAAUGAUCUGACUCAUAGUUCAGAAAAAAUAUUCUUGCUUAUCAUUGCCUUGAAGAGGUUAUCUUAUAAAAGUUAUCUUAUAAAAGUCCCAAAUGAUAGUAAGCAUGCACUUGUUUUAACUGGCAGUACAUAUAUGUCAUAGGACAGUGUUUAUUUUUUUAAUUUAAUCAUGGUGCUCAUUGAUUAUCCUUUGACCAAUCUGAAAUGAAAUAGUUUAAAAUAUGAAUCUUUAAUAGAUGAAUGCACUGAAAGAUAUGAGAUGGAUCUGAACCUGUGAAUUCCAGUUCAUAAAGAUUAUGUUAGUGUGAUUUCAGUCAGUAUGUUCAGCAUUUGCCAGAUGAUACAACAGUGAUAAUUAAACAUAUAUAUAUGUGUAUAUAUAUAUGUAAUCAUGUGUUUUAUAAAUGGUGCUUAGAGUGAUUGUAACAACUGAACAAAAAGUACCUUUAAAAAAACACAUUCCCAUGAACACCUUACUAUUAUUUUUAAUGUAUUGUGAUUUGAAACACAAAUAUGAAAUGAAAGUUAACCCAGGAUUCUCACAGGUCUUGGCUACAAACUGAGAGUUUUGUUUUCUCAUAAAUCUGAGAUUAAAUCAAAGAAUAUAAAUUUUAGCUAGCUUCUCUGUUUACCUAUGUCAAAAGAGCAAAGAAGGCGGUUUCAUUUAUGAAGUUAUGAUAUCUAUAGGUAACACUGGGGAAAUUCUCUUUGUGUUUUAAAAAAGAUGGAAAACAGUCCUAAUUUUGGUAGGGGGUCUAUAUUUAGAAUUUUUCUCCAAGGAAUUUUUAUUGUAUCUAUGUGGUGGAUUUUUUCUUAAUCAACUCAUUGUGUAUCUUAGUGCCUUUUAAAAAUCAGCUUUUGAUCAUUUUCAAGAGUUUAUAAAGACUCAAUCACA